GGUCCAGAUCUAUCUAUAUCGAUUCGCGGUCGCAUUUCGUCUUCGCUUCGAUCUCAACGGGGCACGAUCUCCUCCUCCGCAAUUUUCAUGUGAUGCGAGAAGAUCACCGAGGAGCGGAUCCGUUUCCAUUUGAAGAACUGAGACGAGGCGGCGGAGGGCGGAGAUGGGGGAUCCAGCGACGAAGCGGGCGAUGGACGUGGAUCGCUCGUCGCUUUGCAACUGCGUGGUGAACUUCCUGCUGCAGGAGAACUACCUGCUCACCGCCUUCGAGCUGCUUCACGAGCUGCUCGAGGAUGGGCGGCACGACCAGGCCAUCCGCCUCCGCGACUUCUUCGCUGACUCUUCCCUCUUCCCCCCGGAUCAGAUCUCCCGCUUCAACGCCCUCCGAGAUGCAGAUCCACAGAGUAUGCUAGAAGAGAAAGUAAUGGUGGAAGAAAAAUUAUCUGUCACUGAAUAUGAGCUUCGUUUAGCUCAAGAAGACUUGUCAAGACUGAAGGAGGAGUUUGCAAAGCAAAAACAAUUUUCUCGUGAUGAAUUUAGUGGGUCCACUUCUGAUUUGUCUGUCUCUGAUGACCCUACAAAACAACAGAACAAGAGGCAGUUCUCUUAUGUCUCUUUAGGACCUUUGAAGGACACUGAGCGCAUGGAUAUAAAUUGUGCUGUGAAGGAAUAUUUGCUCUUUGCAGGGUAUCGUCUUACAGCUAUGACAUUUCUUGAGGAGGUCACUGAUCAAAAUCUAGAUGUGUGGCCACAAAGUUCAGCUUGCGUUUCUGAUGCUUUGCGUCGUUAUUAUUAUCAGUACCUUUCAUCCUCCUCAGAGGCUGCAGAGGAGAAAAUUUCCCUUCUUCAAGAAAAUGAACAAUUGAAGAAAGACAACAAAAGACUUAUUGAUGAGAAGGAAUCCAUGCGUAAAAACAAGGAAGUGACUGAUAAUCAUAUAGUAACUCUAACUAAAUCCUUGGAAAUUGCACAUAAGGAUUUAAAAGACAAGGAGAAUCUGGUACAAGAUCUUAAGCAAUCUGUGGAUCUGCAGAGAAAGCAGCUAAAUGAUUGCAGAGCUGAAAUCACGGCCUUAAAGAUGCACAUAGAAGGAGCCCAAGCUAGCAGAGGGUGGACAGUCAGAGAAAAUGAAAACACCAAAACUUCUUACAGUGGCAACUCUAAAGAAGCAAAUAAAUCUUCUUGCAGUGAACUAGAAGAAUUGAAGAAUGUUGAUUCUAUAUCAAGAAUCCCAGAAGCUACUAUAUUUGUCAGCGAGGAUGCACAGACAGAGGAAAAAGUAGUUGAGAUCAAUCAAGUUGCUGUUGUAUCAAAUUCUGUUGAAUCAACAUCUACCAAGUCUGAUGAGAAUGGUCACCAGACUUCUGAGAAUGUCAAACAUCAUGUUACUGAUUCAACAAUAGUUUCUUGUAACGAUAUUGCUGAAUAUCAAGAUGAUGCUUAUAGUCUCAUUUCCGAUCCACAAUCUCAGAAUGAAGUAUCAAACCAAAAUCCAGGGAGUCUCAAGAGGGAAAGAACUGCUGAAAAGAUGGCAAUGGAGACCAUCCAAAUUCUUUCAGAUGCGUUACCUAAGAUUGUUCCUUAUGUUCUGAUCAGCUAUCGUGAGGAACUUCUUCCGUUGAUUAUGUGUGCAAUUGAGCGUCAUCCUGAUAGCACAGUGAGAGAUUCCUUGACACAUACAUUGUUUAAUCUUAUAAAAAAGCCUGAUGAACAGCAGAGACGUAUUAUAAUGGAUGCAUGUGUAAGCCUAGCUAGAAAUAUAGGACAGAUGAGAACUGAAACAGAGUUGCUUCCUCAGUGUUGGGAGCAGAUCAACCAUAAAUAUGAGGUGCGAAGAAUCCUAGUUGCUCAAUCUUGUGGAGAACUUGCAGAAUUUGUUCGACCUGAGAUUCGUGAUUCUCUUAUUCUCUCCAUCAUUCAACAAUUAAUUGAAGAUUCUGCUACAAUUGUUCGUGAAGCUGCUGCUCAUAAUCUGGCGCUGUUGCUACCACUCUUUCCAAAUUUGGACAAAUAUUUUAAGGUUGAAGAGCUCAUGUUCCAGUUGGUAUGUGAUCCUUCAGGAGCAGUUGUUGAUACUUCAAUCAAAGAACUCAUUCCUGCAGUGAUAAAUUGGGGAGGCAAACUGGAUCAUGUUCUACGAGUUGUUCUUUCCCACAUCUUAAGUUCUGCUCAGCGGUGUCCACCUGUAUCAGGGGUUGAAGGUUCUGUAGAUUCUCAUUUACGAGUUCUUGGAGAACGAGAACGCUGGAAUAUUGAUGUACUACUAAGAAUGCUGAAAGGUUUAUUGCCUUUUGUCCAUCAAAAAAUUAUUGAAACAUAUCCUUUUAGUCCAGCGCUGGGAUCCUCUAUCACUUCAGAAAAACAAAAUUCCUCCAUUUCUCUUUCUUUGCUUCAAUUAUACGCAGGAGGCCACACUACACAUACAAUUUGGCCUAUGUUUGAUUGGAUGCACACGGAUUGCUUCCCUGACUUAAUUCAAUUAUCAUGCCUCUUAUCUAACAAGGAAGACAAUCUAAGAGCUCGAAUUACAAAUUACCUACUUGACGUAGCAGAAUUAUUUGGGGAGCAAUAUCUUACACACAUAAUGUAUCCUGUGUUCUUGGUGGCUGUUGGCGAUACUGAAAGUGCAGAUUUGUCAUUUUUUCCUUUGACGAUGAAGGCUAGAAUCAAAGCACUUCGGCCUAAAAAUCCUGUGGCAGAGAAGCUUUCCCUCUUGUGCAUUCUUCCCUUAUUGUUGUCUGCUAUAUUAGGCGCACCAGCCAAUCGUGAAAAAUUGCCAGAUUACUUGAGAAAGCUGCUAGUGCAGAACAAUAACAAUGAAAGUUCUUGGUUUGUUCAUCGAAAUGCUGAGUUGAUUGAGGCAGUCCGCUUCCUUUGCAUAUUCGAGGAGCAUCAUGGAGUCAUUUUUAACAUUCUUUGGGAGAUGGUAGUUAGCGCCAAUGUGAAUAUGAAGACCAAUGCAGCACUUCUUCUGAAAGUCCUAGUACCAUAUAUUGAUGUGAAAGUUGCCUCAACCCAUGUUUUGCCUGCCCUUGUCACUCUUGGUUCUGAUGCAAAUACAAAUGUGAAGUAUGCAAGUAUAGAAGCAUUUGGAGCUGUUGCACAACAUUUCAAGAAUGACACGAUUGUUGACAAGAUACGAAUACAAAUGGAUACUUUUCUUGAAGAUGGAUCACAUGAAGCUAUUGUUACUGUGGUUCGUGCACUACUUGUUGCUGUGCCACAUACAGCAGACAGGCUGCGAGAAUAUUUGUUGUCAAAGAUUUUCCAACUCACUUCCGUCUCAUCUAAUGGAAAUGAUAUCACAUGCCGCCAUGAGAAAGCAAAUGUAUUUUGCGAAGCUAUCCGUGCUCUGGAUGCCACAGAUCUGUCUUCAACCAGCAUCCAUGAUUUCCUUGUACCAGCAAUACAAAACCUUUUAAAAGAUGUAGAUGCUCUCGAUCCUGCCCACAAGGAAGCACUCGAAAUUAUACUGAAGGAGAGAUCAGCUGGAACAUUUGAAAGCAUCAGUAAUAAGGUAAUGGGUGGCAAUCUGGGCAUUGCAUCCACUGUAAGCAAUUUCUUUGGUGAAAGUGGCCUUCUAGGAAAGAAAGAAAGCAGCGACUUGCAUGAAACUCCUGCUUCUCCGAAACCUACUCCACCACCAGUGCAGCAAGAUACAAGAUUUCAGAGAAUGAUGAGAGGCGGUUUCAGUGAGAUACUGCGAGGUAAAACCAAAGGGCCCGACGAAACAGGCUAGGACCUCUCUGCCCGUGUAGCUAUUGUUUUUUUCUUCUUUCAUGGUCCUUGGAGAUGCUUUUGAUCACUAGGACAUAUUUUCUUCUGUCAAUCUUUCGAUCCAUGUCAUCUCCAACCAAAUUCCUUUCUUUGAUAUAGCAGUCCUCUCAGAGACCAUAUCAAAUGUUGACCCUUUUUUUGUUAGAGAAAAUUGACUUAUUAUUGGUUGUGAGUAUUUGAUUAAUGGUUAA